GCACGAGCACAGCAGAUGCGGAAAGAAUGCCAAUCACCAGGAGCUCCUGCUGAGCGGCUGCCUGCCUCCAUGUGCUACUGCGCCUCCACACGAAACACAUCCACGUGUCGUUAGUGGCACUUUUACAGUAAAGGAGCUGCAACUGAAGCAGAAACCCGCGUGGAUGGAGCGCGCGGGGAGUCUCCGCUGGCUCUGAAGCUGAAACCAAACGCUUCCUCUGUCAGACGCUAAAAACAUGCUUCCUCAGGAUGUAGGAAAGCCGAAGCCCCGCCGCGUGUCCGACCCGGUGAGCGCAGGACACGGCCCCCCGAUCCCGCCUCGGCGCUUAAAGAACCGGGACUUCCCUCUGAGCGCAAAGCGCCGGCGCUCCGGUUCCGCACCCGAGCGCAAAGUGAACUGCGUCCUGGUUGGAGACGGAGCUGUGGGCAAGACCAGCCUCAUUGUUAGCUACACCACCAACGGAUACCCGACGGAAUAUGUUCCCACAGCGUUCGACAACUUCACCGUGAUGGUUGUGGUCGACGGGAACCCAGUGAGGCUGCAGUUGUGCGACAUGGCUGGACAGAAAUGGGGGCUGAUUGAUGGAUCAGUCGAUGACGAGCUGGAGCAUCUGCGUCCACUUUGCUAUAAGAAUGCCGAUGUCUUCCUCCUGUGCUACAGCGUGGUUCAACCGUGCUCCUUCCAUAACAUAAUAGACAGGUGGGUUCCUGAGAUCCGUCAGCACUGUCCAGGCGCUCCUCUGGUCCUGGUCGGAACCCAGCUGGACCUGAGGGAGGAUGUCCAGGUGCUGAUCCACCUGGCACAGAACCAGCAACGGCCGGUGGACACCGAGGAAGGGCAGCGGCUCGCUGAGCAGCUGGGUGCGGUGAGCUUUGCAGAGUGCUCGGCUCUGACCCAGAAGAACCUGAAGGAUGUGUUCGAUUCAGCCACCUUGGCCAGCAUCCAGCAGACUGACGACAGCAGCAGCAGCAGCAGCAGCAGCAGCAUCCAGCAGCAGAAGCUGACUCUGAGGAGGAAGACACCAGACAAGAUCAAGAGCCUCUCAGAAACCUGGUGGAGGAAGAUCAACUGUCUGAUGGGAGAGCAGAGCUGUGACCUCAAGUGAACAGUUACAACCCUGGGUUAAAGGUUUGGUAAAGAUCUGGGUAGAUUUGCUUUGUUUAACAUGAGUGACGAUGCAACUGGGCUGGUUAUUUAAAGGGGUAGUUCAGAUCUUUUGAGGUUUACUGACACAGUCAAUCCUGACUGAGCUGUGCAUCUCUGUGGCACUCCCUCUCUGCCAGGAAUCAGCUUCACACAUGAGGCCAAAUAAUGAACAAGGAUUAUAGGAAGUAGCCACAAGAGGAACUGAAUUAUUGCAAGAUAAAUAUGCUGAUUUUCUCAAUGGACCUUGGUGCUGGAGAGUGAGCCGUUUGCAAACUUCAGUUUCCAGUUAGAAAAGGCAUUUGAGAUACAGUGGCAAAUAUAUUCUUAAAUAAAAUAUCAUAGACUUAAGCUUUCAGAGAGUGUGAAUGUCUGGUUGUCAGUACAGGGGGCGCUCACAGUGCAGUCAGCUCUGACAGUGUCAGUACCUCAUACAACCUUUAAUACAAUGCUAUACUUUUUAGUAAUAUAGACACAUUUAAACAUGUCAUACUGAUGUCACACCGGCACAGUAACCAUCUGCAUUUAAAUAUAUAAAUAUAUGUAACUGCGAAAUGUGUAGAGGAUUUAAAAAUAUGUGCAAAUAUUUUCAGUAACCCUUUCAAACUCACCCUGACUUUGUUAUCCCCACCCACAUGAGACUGCACAUACUAUAUUUCACUUUAACACCCCAACAUAUAGUGCUUUCUUUGAAUCUUACUUAGUCUGUAAUUUAUUUUAGUAUUUAUUUAUUGAUCUUUAUUAUAAUUUUAAAUAUUGUUAUUGAACUUGCCAUCACUGAUCAUGGAGAAAAUGUUCAGAAGCCUUGAUUAAAGUUUUUGAUGACUGAAAA